AUGACGACGUCACGACUGGGCGUGUUUCCAAAGGCAAAGGAUCCGUCACCCGAGAUCUGCAAAGUCGGAAUAAGGGUUCCACCUUUUUGGCCAGAGGAGCCUGAGAUAUGGUUCGGACAGAUUGAGGGGCAGUUCGCCAACGCCGGGAUCACGAGCGACACCACGAAAUUUAAUUACGUCAUCAGCAACCUGGACAGACAAUUUUCGAAAGAAGUGAAGGAUCUGAUUAUAAGACCGCCGGCUACAAACAAGUAUGAGAAACUUAAGGCAGAGCUUAUUAAAAGACUCAGCGCGUCUCACGAGCGAAAAGUGAAGCAACUCCUCAUGCACGAAGAGCUCGGAGACCACUAUUUGGACCAGUCGCCUACCGAGACUGUUUUGGCAGCGCAACCGGAUGCAUCACUUGAAGUGUUGGCAGAAUUGGCAGACAGGAUCCAAGACAUCGCUCCAUCAACACCUCAAGUAGCAGCUGCAUCCACGAGCCACGCACCGGGAUCCAGCAUCGACGCUGUGGCUAAAGAAGUCGCCGAGCUUAGGAAGCAGCUCCAGAACCUUACUUCGCAACUGAGCGGAAGGUCUCGCAGCCGCACGAGGCAACAGCAGCGGCGCCGUGCACGAUCUUCAUCAACCCGAUCUCAAUCGAAUUAUAGGAAGUUCCCCGUAUGCUUUUACCACCAUAAAUACGGCUCGCAGGCCCACAAGUGCAUCCGUCCGUGCGAUUUUAAGGCGGAAAACUCCAUGGGCGGUCGGUAA